CUUAUCCAUGGUAUAAAUGUACCCUACAUGAUACAGACAACCACACAAGACUAGACUAGAUUAGAUUAGAUUAGACUAGACUAGACUUAGAUUAGACAGAGCACGGUAUAUAAUUAAUAGCAGUAGAUAUAUAUGUUAGUAGUAGUAGAAUUGGUAAUGGUAGGUAGAUUGAAUUAAUUAAUGGAGUCCCAUUCUGCCUCAUCAAGUUUCCAGCCUUCUCCGGCCUACUAAACCCUGGGAGAGACAAAUAUAUAUCGAGUACUAAUCAGGUUCUUGCAACAGGAAAUUCUUAUAAUGGAAACUCGAGACAUGGUUUUCUGACUGACAUGACAUGUCAAAUGAGCAGUUCUUGUUGGACAGUGCUGAUAUCAAUCCUAUAGAGUUUUUUGCUUCACAAUCUCCUGGUUUUGCAGCUGAAAGUCUGGCGGAGGUGUAUUUUGCUAAUGGAAGUGAAUUGAACCUAACAAUCGAGAUGCUUACUCAGCUUGAGCUUCAGGUAGAUGGAGGUUUAAAUGAAACGCUAUAUUCGAAGACCUUAUCUACUCCGAAGCUUAGUACCUUGGAUUUUCCUGCUCUUUCUCUGACAGAAGGCCAAACCGGUAUGAGUGCUGCUGAUCUUCACCAAAAUUCGACUCCUUACCAGUCACGUGGAAAAGAAAGCACAUUAUCGUACAGAUCGAGUUCAUCCAUUCCGUCUGGUGGAGCUACAGAUUUUGCAUCUGCAGUAAGAAAAAUGGCUUCUCAGGAUUCUAGCGUCUGGGAGUAUGACAGGAGUGGUUCUUCAGAUGCUAACAUUGGAUCUACUAGAGGCUCCAAAGUAGUGUCAAUCCCAUACAGCAGUGGUGGCCACGAAAGGGGCAUUUAUGGCGAUAGAUUGCAAAGCUGGGGAUCAGCUCAGGAUGUACCUUCUGUCUGGCUUGAAACUGGAGAAGCAGUUGGAAAUAUGUGUUCUGAAAUGCGGGAGGAAGCUCGUCGUGAUCAUGCACGCAUUCGCAAUGCAUACUUUGAACAGGCACGCCAAGCUCACCUUAUUGGUAACAAGGCCUUAGCCAAGGAGUUGAGCACGAGCACAAAAGGACAGUUGCACAAUAUGCGGAUGAAAGCAGCGCAUGGAAAAGCACAGGAAUCAAUAUUUGGGCAGAGGAAUCAAGACAUGGCAGUGCAUGGAAGAGGAGAGAGGAUGAUUGACCUGCAUGGUCUACAUGUGAGUGAAGCUAUUCAUAUGCUGAAGCCAGAGUUGGGAGUGCUGAGGAGUGCUGCGCGAUGGGCAGAGCAGCGUAUGCCGGCUUACAUAUUUGUGGGGACAGGUCACCACACCAGGGGGUCGAGCACUCCUGCAAGACUCCCAACUGCUAUCCAGCGCUACCUCCUGGAGGAGGAGGAGUGUCCGCAGGCUGGCCUGGCCUCCUUGGGGUUGUGAUAUAAUGAAAGAAGAAGAAGAAGAAGAAGGACAAAUGUGCUAUUAUUAUAUCUGUAAAUGAGAUGAGAUGAGGGGGCAAUGGUGUGAAAAAGGAGAAUAAGAGGAAAUUUCAUUGAAAUGGGAGGGCUCAAGACGUUUUGUAGCAAGCCAAGCCGUCUGUCAUUUUACGUUGGCCUGUGCUUGUAAAAUUUUUUUGUUUUGGCUGUUACUGUUAGAUAUUAUGGUUUUUACAUAGAGAUGGAGGGAGAUGUAACUGAUAGAAUUCAUUCCACUAAUUGCACACAUUUUCAUCCUUUCGAAAACAAAAAAAAAAUAAAAUAAAAU